AGAAGUGCCGACGCAGCAGCGCGUUGAAUGAAACACUUUACGGCUACCGAGCCGGUUGACAAAAUUAGCCACACAGCUGCUAACACUCGUGGGGGAUCUCAUGCAGUGCUCCCCACGUUCAACAGUCGGCCCGGGGGAUUCGACAGUUUGUCAGUAAACAACAUGGCCAAAGUAAACAGCGGUUCCUCCGGUUGCCGGGCCGUGGUGAUGGCAGGAAAGUACCUGUCGAGCCCGUCUCCCCCGGCGCUGACCCGCAGCAGCGGCCAACAGCAGCGGAGGAUGUUGGGGCCACAGCGCCGCACGAUGAGCUCCGACGCGGCCGGCACGGGAGGAAAAACCGCGGCUCUGGCCCAGCAGGAGCACCUGGGUUAUUUCUCCGCCACAGACCGUAAUGUGCUGGCCAACCGGAAUCUGAUUUACCGGGACGUGAAGGCUUUUCUCAACGAAGUCGGUGGGGACCCCCGGGAGGCUCGGUACUGGCUGACUCAGUUCCAGAGAGCGACUUCGGCUCAGUCUCCUGCUUUUGCCGUACUGGAGGUGGACAGCUCAGUAUUCGACAGCAGGGAAAUGGUUCAGAGACUGGCCUUUGGGCUCUCCUUCCUGCAGCGGAUGGAUAUGAAGCCCGUGGUGGUGAUGGGCUGGUCUGAGUACGAGGAGACGGGGCCCAAGGUGGCAGUGCCCGGGUCUCGCUGCACCCGAGAGCUGGUGGGCCGGAGCCAGCAGCUGACGGAGGCUCUGCAGCAGCACUCAGCCACCGUCCUGCCGCUCUUCUCCGCCGAGUCCUUCCUCCUACUGCACGAAGCCCCGAGCGGAAGCAGUGCCCCAUCCUCCGUUGCUGUGGACACCAGCCUCCUCCAGUGGAGCUUGGACUGCGGGACUAUCCCGUUGGUUUGUCCGGUGGGGAGGGACGGGCGAGGUUGCUCAGUAAUGUUGGACCCGAUAGAGGUGACGGCAGCUAUUUCCCGAGCCCUGCAACCCCACAAAGUCAUGUUCCUGAACAACUCGGGAGGCCUCCGCAGCCAAGAACGCAAGGUGCUGGGCACGGUGUCGUUGCCUAGCGAUCUGCCCAGUUUGUCCUCAGCGGCGUGGCUGAGUACCACAGAGCGGCGAAGAGUGACCAUCAUAGCCCGACUGCUCAACCAGCUGCCGACUGAAUCCACCGCGGUGAUCACCUCCGCGGACACGCUGCUUACCGAGCUGUUUAGCCACAGAG